AUGGAGGCCUCGGAGAUUGUAACUGUGGUUGCUAAAGAGGUUCAGGUGGCCACUAAAGCCAUGGUAUGUUCCAUGGAUGAAGCCUUCGAGCACGCCUCGACCAUCUGUGAGAUGGUUCUAGGAUUCCCCCAGAAACCUCGACGAGCCAAACGGAGUGCUCUCCAACUAGACCCCAGUUGUCCAGAGGAAGUAUCAUUAUGGGGGUGCACAUCUAUAAUACUAGCCUCCAUCUUCUCCCCAGGAGUUGCUUCAGCGCAAGCUCUCACACAAUUGAAAACCCUGGCCUGCUGGACAGGAAAACAAAUUAAUAUAACAUCUAAAAUGUUAAGUGAGCUUGCCACAGAUGUAGAUAGCAUUCGUCAUGCGGUUCUGCAAAACAGAGCCGCCAUUGACUUCCUUCUUUUAGCACAAGGACACGGGUGUGAAGAAUUUGAAGUCAUGUGUUGCAUGAAUUUAUCAGACCACUCUCAAUUAAUUUAUAAACAGUUAAUGCAACUGAAAGGCAAAAUGAAGAAACUUGUGGUAGACUCUCCGUUUGCCAACUGGCUCAAUUCUUUAGGUUUUACUGAUUGGAUCAAAGAUUUAGUUCGUUUUAGUAUUGUAGUUUUUCUUAUUAUUAUACUUAUUCUAGUUGUUAUACCUUGCUUACUGCAGUGCAUGCAGAGAAUGACUAACCGUGCCUUCGAGUCAAUCUGGACAUCUGGAGGAACCAGCCACAUAGAUUAUUUCCCCUUCUGA